AAACUCCAUGACAAUGGUGGGUUUGCUAUCUUAUGCUCCCAAAACCCUCAGACCUCUCUCUCUCCCCAAAAGCUUUGGUUUCAGCUUACUUUCCACCGCCACAAAACCCCCCAGAAAAUUCUUCCAAUUGCAAGUGAGAUCAGUGGCCACUCCAGCAGAAGCUGUUGCUGGGUUUGAUGACAUGGUUGCUGGGACUCAGAGAAAGUAUUACAUGUUAGGCGGGAAGGGCGGUGUAGGGAAGACAAGUUGUGCUGCUUCACUUGCCGUAAAAUUCGCUAACAAUGGGCAUCCCACUCUUGUGGUUUCCACUGAUCCAGCACAUUCCUUGAGUGAUUCUUUUGCCCAGGAUUUGGCUGGGGGGACACUUGUACCAGUUGAUGGGCCUGAAGCUCCACUUUUUGCUCUUGAGAUAAACCCGGAGAAGGCAAGGGAAGAAUUCCGUAAUGUAAGUCAGAAAAAUGGUGGAACAGGAGUCAAAGAUUUCAUGGAUGGUAUGGGCCUUGGGAUGCUUGCAGAACAGUUAGGAGAUUUAAAACUGGGAGAAUUACUAGACACGCCUCCUCCUGGUUUGGAUGAAGCUCUAGCAAUUUCCAAAGUGAUACAAUUUCUUGAAUCCCCAGAAUAUAGCAUGUUUACCCGCAUAGUUUUUGAUACUGCACCCACGGGUCACACAUUGCGGCUUUUAUCAUUGCCAGACUUUUUGGAUCAAUCAAUUGGCAAGAUAUUGCAGCUUAAACAAAAGAUAUCUUCAGCCACCUCAGCUAUCAAAUCUGUUUUUGGGCAAGAGCAACCCCAAAUGGGCGCGGCUGACAAAUUAGAGAAACUGAGGGAAAGGAUGAUUAAAGUGCGUGAACUUUUUCGUGACACUGAUUCAACAGAGUUUGUCAUAGUAACAAUACCUACGGUGAUGGCCGUUAGUGAGUCAUCUAGGUUGCAUGCCUCUCUGAAGAAGGAAAGCGUACCUGUGACUCGACUUAUUGUUAAUCAGAUUCUUCCCCCAUCCGCCUCAGAUUGCAAAUUUUGUUCAAUUAAAAGAAAGGAUCAGAUGCGUGCUCUUGAUAUGAUCCAGAUGGAUACAGAGCUCUCUGGCUUGACAGUUAUCCAGGCUCCACUAGUUGAUGUGGAGAUCAGAGGCGUUCCUGCCCUCAGAUUUCUGGGAGACAUAAUUUGGAAAUGAACAUCUUUUUUGCACAGAAUAGAUGAUGAUAAAAGAAAUAACCUUUUUUGUUUAUCCAUUCAUUCGAUUCAAUAGCAUUCGGUAUCUCCGAAAUUGGGUUGAUUCGUUUGAAUGCUUCGUUUAGUGGCAUUCCACUCCGCUGGGCCAAAAAAAAAUUAAAAAUUUCUUUUGACACAGUAUUGCAUCAUUUUGUAAUAGUUUCAAGCUUUUUCCCUCUC